UCAGGAGCUACGAUAUAGCUCGCAGUCCAAAAGGCGAAGUUACGGCAUGGAAAACCUUCCUGCUGGAAAAUCUUGACUGCUCUGUGUUGGUGAAAUCAGAUUGUGACAGUCGUGAGGACAAAAUGUCAGCGUGUCUGCUGAGGAAGGGGCUGGAUCUGUCAGACUGACCAUGAAUGAAGCCAUGGAGUUCUUGAUGACCUGAGGUUCACCACUGGGCCUCGAGGAUAUAAAGAGAGUUGUAUUAUGUUGGUACAUAAUUGUGUCAAUAAACGAUCAAAACCAAUGCUGCCUGUUGUGUGUGUGUUCUCUUUAGAGUUUAAUCUGCACUAAUUGGAUUAUGUCCAUGUCUCCUAAUUGCUUGACAUAAAUGGUGGCAUGUAAAUGAACCGGUUUUUGGUCCCACAUUAACGAAAGUGACGUUUAUCGUUACCGGAAAUUAUGUACUUAAGGACCGUUGCAUAUAACUAUCCAUAAAUGGUCUCUACCUCAGGCUGUUGCAUUACAGAGACCGCCAGAGCACAAAGCGAUAUACAUAUUUUCUACUUGUGGGUUCUUUCGGCGGAUAUUAAAAUGUUACGAUGCAGUUUAAAAAAAAACCCGGAGACCGAAAGCGGUGACUCCCUUCGAAGACGGGCGGAGCUUUGUGAGCGCAUGCGCUGUAGACCAGCUGGGAAAACCGCCCCGCCUUCGCUACCAUUGAAGGGGCGAGGGUUAAAUAUCCCUGUGUGCAGGCCCCCAAUAAAACGCCGUGUCAGAAUAAACGGGAGAGCCUCAGUCCAGCUUCGGCCGCCUCGGACCAUCCUCUUCACCGAUGUUUGUGCCGUGGUUGCUGCCUGUGCUCCUGGCUCUGUCCGCAGAGGCCGACUUCUUCCAAUUCGACAGCAUUUCCAAUGUUUCUACUUACUAUUUUAAUUAUAUUUAUUGCAAUAUAUGGGAGGGGGAUUGUCAGCCCAACCAGGACGAUGCUACACAGCAAGCUGUUCCUACCACGAACCUUUGGGCAGGUUUUUCUCAGGACUACACCAGCCUGCUGCAUCAGUGGUACUGUAGUCUGGGCCAGUGCUGUGAAUCGGGAGACUGCAGGAUAACCAACAACAUCUCAGGUCUGGCGAGGGACCUUCAGACGAAGCUCCACGGGCAGCACCUGGUUCAGUCUGUGGUUCUGAAAGCCAUCCAGGGUUUCAUCAACAACCCAGAGUCCAACAAGCCGCUGACACUCUCCUUCCAUGGCUGGUCCGGCACCGGAAAGAACUUUGUGGCCCGGGUCAUCGCUGAUAACCUGUACCGCGACGGGGUGAAGAGCGAGUGUGUCCGACUGUUCAUCGCCCCGUUCCACUUCCCGCAUGCCAGGCUGGUGGACACGUACAAGGGCCAGUUGAGAGAGGCGAUCCGGGACAUGGUGUUACGCUGCCCUCAGACUCUCUUCAUCUUCGACGAGGCUGAGAAGCUUCACCCAGGCCUCAUUGAUGCCAUCAAACCCUACAUGGAUCAUUACGACAACGUAGACGGAGUCAGCUACCGCAGAGCCAUCUUCCUCUUCCUCAGUAAUAUUGGUGGAGCUACGAUCAAUGAUGUAGCGCUGGACUACUGGCACUCCGGUCAAAAUCGAGAGGACAUUGGUAUGGAAGACCUGGAGCAUCGUCUACGAGCUGAAACUAUGGAGUCUCAUGGUGGGUUCGCUCAAAGCGAGCUGAUGUCUGGCCACUUGAUCGACUUCUUCGUGCCGUUCCUGCCUCUGGAGUACCGCCAUGUCAAGCUCUGUGCGCGGGACGCCUACGCAGCACGAGGCCUGGAGACGGAUGAAGCUACGCUGGAUGAGGUGGCCAAGGCGAUGCUGUAUGUCCCCAAAGAGGAGAGACUGUUCUCAGCACAGGGAUGCAAAUCCAUCCCCCAGCGGAUCAACUUCUUUCUCCCUUAGAAGGAGAGACAGACCGACAGACAGAGAGAGAGAGAGAGAGACCUGGAGGAGGUGUGAGAUUGCUUUACCAGCCCAUCUGCGUACAGAGCCACAGCGGAGAUGUGUCCUCUCUGCUCUGCGUACUCUCCCCCAACAGAUACGAUACGUGUCUGUCCAGGUCCCUCAGAGAAGGCCAGACAGCAGGACUGAUCCAGUAUAAAAGGGGAGAGCAGCUCGACUCAUCCUGCAGACAUGAGUAGUGCCAGACGGUCAUCGCGUGCAGUGUGGCUGCUCUUCUUCACCUGCCCGGUUUGAAUCCUCACAGUAUCAAGACGGAGAAUUAGACAGUUGUAACGGUUUUGCAGCGUAUGUCAUGGAGAGAUACUGAUACACUUUUUGUCUCAUUAUUUAUGUCUGUUCACCUUGGCCAGCGUCUUAGUUGCACUGUUUUUAAAGUUUGACUUCAUACUUCUCGUGUUGUUUUUUGCCUGUAAAACAUAGUGCUAAAAUGAGCACUGAUUAUUUAUUGACCAACUUGAGUUGUGCCAUAGUUCAACAUUUUACUGUCCCAGAUUAUUUGUGUGGAGUUGUUUGAAUAAACAUUUGAUGGUAACGUAAGGUAAAUAUUAAAUGGCACUGUACUGUCAACAGUGUGGAUGUGUAACAGCUAACGUACGUGGUACUGUGAUGCAAAUGUUACUUGAAAUUGUUACUGAAAAUUUGAGUAUACGCCUCAAAAGCAAUAAAUCUAUUGAAAGUACUUUUUUUUUGUUGUAAAUAUGUUUAAUAACCAUGCUUUUAUUAUAUUUUUAAUAGUCAGUUACUAUUGUUUCACGUCUUGGUGUCGUCAUCAUUGCUCUUCAAUUUUCAUUCAAUUCAUCAAUUUUGGGCAUAGUUAACUAAUUUGUUUUUAUUCAAUGACUUGCUUUAACACUUGUACUCUCACACAGGUCUGAGGUUGUCUGCUUUAGUGCUUUCAGUGCCAAAGCUCAGGGUCGCGUCCCAAGAAGAACAUGAAAUGUCAGAAAUGGUUUUAUGAAAAUAAACAGCCACAGUAAACCAACAGAAGUUUCUUUAAUGCAUUCAUUUAAGAGGAUUCAUUUAUCG